CCUACGCCACAAUUAAUGAAGUUAUAGGCUAUGAUAAAAGCAAAGUGUCAUGAAACGACAUAUUAAAUGUUGUGCGAAAGAAGAACAGGAUCGACUUUCAACUGCACAUUUAUUGGAGGUCGGCGAUGACUGUGUUGAUGACUAUGAUCAAACAGAGAGCAAUGACGGAGUCGGUGCCUGGUCGCAAGAUGCAUGUAGUUACAGGAUUGAUAUUUGCACCAAGGACAAACUUUCCAGAAAAAUAAUUUCAUAUCAGAGAAGAGAGUGUGCAGAGAAUACAUGUGAUGUCAUAUCGCAAUCUCAGCAUUACAACGACCCUGAGCGGUUCAUUGAACAAUACAGAAGUGACCGAUUGCGCCGUUUCCCCUGUCACACACAUAUCCCUACACAUCCGGGGACAUGGGUGGUGCUGAAAAGCUGCGAGGAAGAGCCCUUCAAUUUUACCAUGCCACCAAUCAGAGGUAAAAACAACAGCGCUACUGGAGACUACUUGGAGCAACAAUAUGCACUUAUAUCUGAAAAAAGAGACACGUUUCCCAAACACAAACAGACGGAUGAAUGUAAAAAGUUAUCUUCUGCAUGUGUUCAAGAUGAUGAAAUGCUCUGUUUUACCUGCCACGCUAUGCUAAGGUCAUUUCAAAAUUGUGGAGACAAGGAGCUGUCCUACUAUGAGCCAAAUGGCACAGUCUACUCACCUAUCAACAACAUGGGCAUCAAGCUGCUGACAGUGCAACAAACGCACACCUCGUUGGACGCCUUGCGGAGGAACCAGCGACUCAGAAGCAGCGCUGUCAUCAGGAGGCACCCACGAGCCAAUAAGAGUGCCACCUUAGGGGACAUCUCCCUGUCAACAUUCAAAAACAACGUGGUGUGGUGUAACGGCUAUCGAGAGACUUCUUCCAUGCAGGCCACCGCUCUCCCUGAUGUUCCCAGUUCUUCAUCCAAGAAAGGAAACAAUAAGGCUAAUCCUUUUAUGGUCAAAGGGUUGAGAAGGCUCCCUCCAAGUCAGAAUGGGACCAGGCCUGGCCGCUUCUUUCCCGAGUCAUUUCCUCCCAGUGGGAGAUCCAUCACCCCAGGCACCCAGCUCUCCUCCACCACCCCCUUACCUCCAUCACACCCCUGGAAGUCCAGCUCUACAUGCUACCUGACCCCUCCACAGUUGGCACCCACGAAGCCCCUGGUGGUCCAGCAGAGGAAAAAGAGAUGGUGCCCUCUCCGAGACGGUGAGAAGGUUGGCUUUGCAGAGACUUUGUUGAAACAGAGGAUAAUGGUAUUACAUUAAAUGCAGUUACAUUUUCUAUGCUAAUUCGUAUCAUACAGACUCUUUGCUCCUUGUCCUAAAAGUAAUACAUAGGAAAAGUUAUAAUUGUGUUUAAUUGUGAAAUGUGUUACCUUCUAUGUACUGUGUAAUGAAUUCCCUUUACAAAAAAAACAGGUGCACUGCCAACUUUAUCCAUCACCACUAGAGGGCAGCGGUGACUGUUACUAAAGUUUUGGAUCGUGAAUUAUUAGUAGGUAAUAAGAACUUCCACUUGUUUGCCUCAAAAUCGAAAAACUGAGGGGUACAUGUGAAGAUGAGUAACGCAACAUUUAUUUUGAU